GAAAAUCCUACCGUCUCGUCACAAUCUCACUUCCUCACUCCCUCCCUCCUCAGUUCUCCUCACACCCCCACGACUCCACCACACCCCCAAUGGCAUCCGAAAUCGACACCGCCAGAUCCGGAUCCUUAACCUCCAACGGCUCCGCCCCUGAUCCGCCGGAGCACCGCAAGGUCGCACUCAUCACCGGCAUCACCGGCCAAGACGGCUCCUACCUCACCGAAUUCCUCAUCGAAAAAGGCUACGACGUCUACGGCCUGAUCCGACGCUCCUCCAACUUCAACACCCAGCGCAUCAACCACAUCUACAUCGACCCCCACAACGCCCACAAGGCCCGCAUGAAGCUCCACUACGCCGACCUCAGCGACGCCUCCUCCCUCCGCCGCUGGCUCGACACCAUCGCCCCCAAUGAGGUCUACAACCUCGCCGCCCAAUCCCACGUCGCCGUCUCGUUUGAGAUCCCCGAUUACACCGCCGACGUCGUCGCCACUGGCUCCCUCCGCCUCCUCGAGGCCGUCCGCUCCCACAUCGCCGCCACCGGGCGCACCGACAUUAAGUACUACCAGGCUGGGUCGUCCGAGAUGUUCGGGGCCACCCCGCCUCCCCAGUCCGAAACGACGCCGUUCCACCCCCGAUCCCCUUACGCCGUCUCGAAAUGUGCGGCGCAUUGGUACACCGUGAACUACCGUGAGGCCUACGGACUGUUCGCGUGCAACGGCAUUCUGUUCAACCACGAGUCGCCGCGGCGGGGGGAGAGUUUUGUGACCCGGAAGAUCACCCGGGCCGUGGGUCGGAUCAAAGAGGGAUUGCAGAGCAAGCUGUUCUUGGGAAAUCUGCAGGCGUCGAGGGACUGGGGUUUCGCCGGGGACUACGUGGAGGCGAUGUGGAUGAUGCUGCAGCAGGAGAAGCCGGACGACUACGUGGUGGCGACGGAGGAGUCGCACACGGUGGAGGAGUUCCUGGAGGUAUCGUUUGGGUACGUCGGAUUGAACUGGAGAGACCACGUGGUGAUCGAUAAGAGGUACCUGCGGCCGUCGGAGGUGGAUAAUCUGAAAGGGGAUGCGAGCAAGGCGAAGAAGGUGCUGGGUUGGAAGCCGAAAGUUGGGUUUCAGCAGCUGGUGAAGAUGAUGGUGGAUGAAGACGUUGAAUUGGCCAAGAGGGAGAAGGUGCUUGUGGAUGCUGGGUACAUGGAUUCUCAGCAACAGCCUUGAUUUCUCUCAUGCUGGAUACAUAGGUGCCAAAAAGACUGUUUUAAGUUAUACUGUGGCUUACUUCUUUGAAUCUUUCGCUUCGUGGGUUGUUUUUGUUUUUGUUUUUAAUUGUUCUUGCACUGGGUUGUUCAUUUUUGUGGUCUGUUUCCGGUCUCGGAUUCACGAGUUUUGUAAAUUAACAUCCGUUUGAUAAUCACUUCGUUUUUAGUUUUUAGUCUUCAUCCACAGAAAUCUGUGAAUCCGGGGUAUCUGGAUCUGAUGAUACCUUUCACUGUACAAUAAUUGGAUUCAGUAAAAUGGAAUCCGAUCCUCUCGUUUGUAGCCGUUGGAUCAAAAUUCAACGGUCCAAAUUCAUUGAUUAGGUGGCU